ACAUGCACACGCGCUGUGUUACACACACGCAUACAAUCCCAACCACUUGUUUAUGCAUUGCACACGCACACUUUGGUUCCUCCCGCCCUAAGCCUGGUCUCUCCCCCCACAGAGCCCCCCCAGGUGACGUUGGAGCUGCAGCAGGAGCAGGACGAGGUGUCCUGGGGCGAGACGGUGCGCUUCAGCUGCCAGGCGCGGGGCAAGCCGGCGCCCGCCGUGGUGUGGCUGCACAACGCCCGGCCCCUGGCCCCGUCGCCACGGCACCGCGUCACGGCCCGCGCCCUGCGAGUCCUCAACGUGGGCCCCCAGGACCAGGGCCUCUACCAGUGCAUGGCCGAAAACGGCGUGGGCAGCGCACAGGCCUCCGCCCGCCUGGUCACCGUGCCGACGGGGAGCCCGUCGCGCCUCAAGCCGCCCUCUGUCCUGCGGCCGCUGAGCCCCGACAAGGUGCUGCGGGAGCAGGCCCCCAGGCCGGGGGGCCCGGGGCCCCUGCUGCCCCUGGACUGCUCUGAGCUGCCCGGGCACAUCUCCCCGGCGGAGGCCCCCAUCAUCCUGAGCCAGCCCCGCACGGGGAAGGCCGACUUCUACGAGCUGACGUGGCGGCCGCGGGGGGACGGGGGGGCGCCCGUCCUGGAGUACACGGUCAAGUACCGGAAGCUGGGCGAAACCCAGGGCGAGUGGACCUCCAGCCGUAUCUCGGGCUCGCUCCACAAGCUGACGCUGGCCAAGCUGCAGCCCGACAGCCUAUACGAGGUGGAGAUGGCCGCCAAGAACUGUGCUGGCCUGGGCCAGCCCGCCAUGAUGACCUUCAGGACCGGCCGAGGCCGCAGGGUUCCAGGGGGUCAAAACGACCCACCAAAGACCCCUGCCGUCCCCUCACCAAGCCUCUCCCCCCCCGAGGCCCCGGACAAGCCCACCAUCUCCACGGCGACGGAGACAUCGGCAUUUGUGACGUGGAUCCCGCGCGGUAACCGGGGCUUCCCCAUCAUAUCGUUCCGGGUGGAGUACAAGAAGGUGAAGAAGGCGGGGGAGGACUGGGUCACCGCCGUGGCCAAAAUCCCGCCCACACUCCUCUCCGUGGAGAUCGCCGCCCUGGAGAAAGGUACAUCCUAUAAGUUCCGCGUGGUGGCGGUGAACGUGAUUGGCUGCAGCCCCCCCAGCGCUCCGUCGAAGGCCUACACAGUGGUGGGGGGGCGGACCAACGAGAGGCCCGUGGACGGACCCUACAUCACCUACAACGAGGCCAUCAACGAGACCGCCAUCAUCCUCAAGUGGAAGUACGUCUCGGUGAACAACACGCCCAUCUACGGCUUCAACAUCUUCUACCGGCCCACGGACAGUGACAACGACAGUGACUACAAGAAGGACGUAGUGGAGGGCGAUCGCUACUGGCACUCCAUCACCGACCUGCAGCCUGAGACCGCCUACGACAUCAAGAUGCAGUGCUUCAACGAGGGCGGGGACAGCGAGUUCGGCAACGUGGUCAUCCUGGAGACCAAAGCUCGCCCUCACCACCAGCGCCCCCUCCCAUCAGAGAGUCCUCACGACGGCCCUUCAGGUGGGGCGGUGCCGCGCCCCAACGACCUGCCCUACCUCAUAGUGGGUGGGGUCCUGGGCGCCUUUGUCUUCAUCAUCGUGGCCUUCAUUCCCUUCUGCCUGUGGAGGACAUGGGCCAAGCAGAAGCAAACGUCGGACCUGGGCUUCCUGGUCGUAGCGCCAGCGGUGUCCUCCUGCCAGUACACCAUGGUCCCGCUGCAGGGGCGGCCCCUGGGCCCGGGGCACUGCCCCCUGGACCCCCACAAUGCCCCCACCCACCAUCACACCAGCUGCCUCUCCAAUGGAGAGUACAUCCCCAACAGAGGGUACACCCCCAACGGCAAACCACACUGCCUCCCGGGGUUCCAGCAGGAGGAGAGGGACGGGGAUAUGGAGUGUGACACGCUGCUGCCACACCACAUGUCCAACGGACACCUGCCUGCAUACCACUGCACCACCAGUGCCCCUGAGCACCACAGAGAGGAUUUCUGCCCCUCCGACGACUCCACCCUUCAGCUUCUCCACCCUUCCCAUCAGCCAAUCAGCGUACAGGAUAUAGAGGAUGACGCCCACUUUUAUGGGGAUAACGAACCAGAGGAGCGCUUCACUAAAGACUCGUCCUUCCCUCACUUGGCCCUCGAAGACGAAGGAAACUUCACCGCAUCCUCCUCAGCGGCCACCACGCCGCAGUCCCAGAAUGCAUCGCUGGAGGAGGUAGACAUGGUCCCCAGCGAGAGGGGGGCCCUCGGCGAGGGGGGGGCCCUAGGCGAGGGGGGGGCCCUUGGCGAGGGGGCCUUGGACGCCGAAGGGACGAGCGACUCAGCAGACGCAUGAGAAGAGAGAGAAUGACCCGAUAUUUAUUUUUGUAUCACGGAUAUUUAUAUAUUUAUGCAUUUUGUACAUAAAUAUGUUAGUAUUACCUGUACAUAUGUUUUAUUUUCAUAUUGAAAAGGAUUCUUUAUACAAGCUUCCUCAAAUGAUUGAGAUAUUAUUCUUUUUUCCCCUUGGUUCAGUGGGCCAUAGGAAUAUAUGUAUAUGGUGUAGGUAUAUUUAUAUAUAUAUAUGGUGUAGGUAUAUAUAUAUAUAUAUAUAUAUAUAUAUAUAUAUAUAUAUAUAUAUAUAUAUAUGGUGCAGGUACUGUAUUUAUAUAUAUGGCGUAGGUAUAUAUAUAUAUAUGGUGUAGGUAAUCUAUAUAUAUAUAUAUGGUGCAGGUGUAUAUAUAUAUAUAUAUAUGGUCCCCAGUAUUCAGCGCUCACAGGAUUCCGGCUCCACAUCAUUCCUAAACAUUUCACUGCAGACAGUAUGACUCAGAGGACGUGAACACUGAGCUCUCCUCACGCUGUAGUCCUGCAGAGUCAGAGGACGUGAACACUGAGCUCUCCUCACGCUGUAGUCCUGCAGAGUCAGAGGACGUGAACACUGAGCUCUCUUCAUGCUGUAAGUCCUUCAGACUCUGUCUCUCUGUGUAGAAAUAACACAAAUGUAUCGAGUGUCGUGCGGCAUUAACAAAACUUGUAACAUGUGUAUGCAAAAUGAACAAGCGUCACGUUCCAGUAGUCUAGUGUUCACAGAGAUUCUAUAUAUUGUAUAGUUAUUUAUUUUUAGCAUUAUGAGUCAUUUUUUUACUUUUAGCAUCACUUAAUGGGAGAGAUUCUGGAAAUUGACAUUUUUACAGUCGUUCAUAAGCUGAAGUGGGGGCUGUCCUGAAGCAUUGUUUACUGCUGGUCCCCAAACGCCCGCCGGAAGGGAAGCUCUGGCAAUGUGUGGGGGCCAAGCCUCCCUAGAAAUGGCGGUAAAAAUAAGUACUUGCCUCUGCCUGAGGUCAGCGGACCCCCAGAUGAAGGAGACCCCUAGUCUACAUCCCUCACGAGUCUAGCCAUUGCCAUGGUUACGCAUGCUGGAGCACUAUUGCAUGUAAAUAAAGCUUAUCAAAAUA